AAUUGGAUUUUCUCAAAACCCUCGGCGAAUCCAGCGGAAGAUUCACGCAAUUCUACGUCAGUGAAUCCGAUCGUUGUAAUACCAAAAAUCAUUUGAAUCCGCAGCAAAUGAUGGGAGGGAACGGGGAUGCUCAAUCGAAGCGCAAAUGUAAUCCGAUUCUUGAAUUUCUUGAAUCGGAUGACGACGCUUGCCACUCAAACCAUACGAGAAAGAAAAAAGUUGAUUGAGGCUGCCAUGGAUUCUUGGUGUUCCCUUGCAUCUACGCAUUCGGCAUACUUUGAAUCCGUUCUGAUCAUCAGAUCUUGGAGGAGGUCCCUCGAUCUGAAAGUCCCACCACGGAAUGUAAUCAAAAUGGUGAUAAUGGUGUGGAAGAUGAAAAGGAUGAUGAACUUGCUGAUGACCAUCUUGUAUCAACUGGUUUUAUAGAUGCAGAUAUAAAUUCAUCCGGGCCUCAGUCAGCAACGUUUAUCAGACAAGCAUGGCCAUCAAUUGGAUAUUCUGCAUAUAACAUGCGCAAAAGUUAUGGUCAGGCUAACAGUGCUACUAGGACUUCCACAAAUCAUCAGAUGAUUCUUCUUCCGUACAGGUUUGGGUCAUCUGAGAUCCAAACCAUUACACAAUUGAAUAGCUGGGGGAGUUCGGAUCCAAAUUUUGGGUCUGAUUUGGGCGGUAACCAACCAUUUUCAGGCGAGCAAAUGCCCACCCCUGUGCUCUUUCAACAGGAGGGUGAAGAAUUAGAUCAUCGUUUAUUGGAUACUCCUUUUAAUAAUAUUAGGGGCUAUCAAACACAUUUAGGUGAUCCAUUGAGGCCCCUGUAUCACGAUGCUUCAACUUGGGAUAGUGUGAAUCCCUUUACCUUUGUUGAUUCUUUUUCAGAUUCUUAUUUUCGGGGAAUCCAUGAAAUUAGUUUUGGUGGAAAUGACAUGGAUUUAGGAGAAAUAAGGGAGAUGGAAGGAAUACCAGAUCUUGAAGUUGAAUUUGGUGACCCAGGAAUGGCAGAUACUCUGGCUGAUGACAUCGUGGAGGUAGAUGAAGAUUUAGAAGAGUGUCAUUGUGAGGCUGAUGUUGUGAAUGAAGGACCAGAUGUUUGUUGGGGCCAAAGUGGGGAAGAUCGGAGCAUCGGUGACUCCAGCUCUUUUGGGUCUCACAGAUUGGAAGUGGAAGAAAUAAAUAAAUCUAAGAGCGCUGAUCAUGAAGAAGAAUGUAUUGAACAGAAGGUGGGGAAUUCAGAGGAUGAGGGAAUACAUGAAGCUCCUUCUGAAACAGAUGCAAAUGCUGCUUUCACAUUGAGAACAUCUUCUUGUGGCUCGUGGGAUCUGCAGGAAGGGCUUAAUGAAGUGUAUGAUGCUUUUACUGACAUUAUUACACAUGGAGCAAAUGUCUCAACGAUGUUUGAACCCUGCCAAUUUGGAACUGCUUUAAGCGCAGAUUUUUCUUUAUGCAAGAGUUCCUCUGCAGCCUCAUCUAGAGGAACAUUGGGCUUGGCAUGUGGUAUGUUCAGAAGAUCUGUUCAUAGGAGGACUAGCAGCCAGAAUCUUCUGAAUGAAACAAACAUGAUGCCAUGCAGUCUGUCGUUAACGCUGGAGAAACUCUGUGUUUGGGAAAAUAAACUCUACAAAGAGGUCAAGGUUGAAGACAAACUUGGGCAAGAGUUCGACAAGGAGCACAAAAAGCUGAAAAAGCUGUAUGAUAGAGGUGCGGAUUCGUGCAUGAAGGAUGCCAGCCACGUAGCAUUACAAAGGCUGACUCCAAGAGCGAAGGUAGCUAUCUCAGUGGUUGAAGGUAUAGCCGCUAGGGUCCACAAGAUAAGGGAUGAAGAAUUGCAUCCCCAACUAUGUGACAUGAUUGGAAGAUUACACGAAAUGUGGAGCAAGCUGUUUGAAGCUCACAAGAAGCAAGCGAAUGCUCUCACCAAUGCCCAAGCAAGCACCGGCGUAACAUGCAGUAGCAGUGAUUUAAGCUUGAAGGCUAUUCUAUUGCUGGAAGCUGAUAUAACAAAGCUCGGGAAUGCCUUCUUUGAUUGGGUCAAGAGCCAGAGAUCAUUGGUAGAUCUCAUGAAAAACUGGCUCAUGAAAUUCCUUCCUAACAAUGCUUCAGAACCCAUUAGCCCCUCCGCGCCAGCUGUGUUAGCCAUCUGCUACAGGUGGUGCAGUGUGGUUGAGACAGUUUCAGCAGUUCAGGUUAUGCACACCGUCAAUAACUUGAGUCUGAUUCUGAGGCUUUUACACCUAAAGCUGCGAGAGGAGCAGCACCAGAGGUUCAACAUGGAGUACUUCUCCGAUUACCACGAGAAACAGCUGAAGAACGCAUGCUUGAAGUCUGGUGUCGAAUGGGAAGAGUAUGCAUUGUUCAUCACACAGGCCGACAAUGCUUCGGCCAAUGCCUGCAUUAUGGGAUCUAGAUUUUACACUGUGCACACACAGUAUACGGCAUUGAUGCCGAUCAGGAUGAAGCUUAGAGAAGCAUAUUCCAAGCACAGCACGGUGAUGGAACAACUGAAAGAUGCUGUGCCAAACUUGAUCCAACAGGGAUUUGUUCCAGUACUUCAGGCCCUCGAAGCGUAUAGCUUGGAGAUGUGCAAUGCCGUGGAGCAAGUCAGUAAUCUCAACUGACAAGCAUCCCUUUGCCAGUCUUGGCUACUGGAAACUGGUUUUCUUGAACAAUCAACAUUAAUUUGAACUUUACCCCACUUUGAAUGCACUCGGCUUGCACAAGUUUGAGGGUGGAGGCUACGGAUGGAUAUAUCAGGGCUUUGCAACAAAUGUGGUGGAUUCUUUCAGAUUUGGCUGCAGGUAUAUAUAUGCAAGUUAGUCUUUCGAACUUGUGUUUAUUUGUAUAUAAUGUUGGAUUUGAGCAGAAUUUUCUGUGUGAACCAGCUGAUGUCACACUAGAGUUCGAUCGGGAGUUGAGGCUGAAUUUCUAGUUUGCCUCUGAGAAUCCUGUACAGCAAUUUUUUGAUCAUUGAUAAGUCUUAUUUUCAUUGCUGUUGAUGAUCCCUAAUUCUUUCUUCCCCGCUGCUACAGCCGUCAGUUUUAUUUACCAUGAACACAAGUUGCUACUGAUCAUUG